GUGACGGCCCCACGCCGCGCCGCGGGAUGCCGGGCGUUCCCAGCCCCGGGCAGGCGGGGAUCCCAGCGGCGAGGGUGGCCCGGAGGCCCCGCGGAGGGCGCUCCCUGGCCGGUGAGCGGCGAUGCAAGAGCAUCUCCGGGAGCCGCUUCUCCCCCACCCCGGGCUGGCUCCGUUCCCAGCAGGGCUGCGAGCAAACUCUGCAGGCUGGAGGGGCUGAGCUCCCGGCCUGAACCCGCCCCCACCAGCUCUCAUUUCCCUAAAAAAAAAAGAGCGAGAGCGAGGGGGGAAAACCCUCCCAUCUCCUUCCACUUCUCUCCUUCCCCCUCCUUCCCGCUCCGCUUUUCCCUUCGGUCCCGAGGCGCGUCUGCCCGGGACUCGCCAGCCAGCAUGUCCGGGGCCAGGGCGUGCUGGCUGCUCCUGUCCUUCGCGGUGCUGGGACGAGCCCUGGACUUCCCCGAUUACACCUAUGAGCUGGAGGACGAUGAAGACACUGAGCCCAUUGACUAUAAGGAUCCCUGCAAAGCUGCUGCCUUUCUGGGAGACAUAGCGUUGGACGAGGAGGAUCUCAGGUUAUUCCAAGUGGACCGACUUGUGGACCUCAAACGCCGCACCGUCAAGAAAACAGCCACCAACACCUCAGGAAUCAGCACCAACAGCACCAGCCUGAAGUCCAGGAGGCAGCAGAAGAGGCAAUGGAGGCAGGGACAGCUGCGGUCUCGAAGCCGCCGUGCCGCCACUUCCCGUCAUGAGAGGGUGUGGCCGGAUGGGGUCAUUCCCUACGUGAUCAGCGGGAACUUCAGUGGCAGCCAGCGGGCAAUUUUCCGGCAGGCCAUGCGCCACUGGGAGAAGCACACCUGCGUCACGUUCUUGGAGCGCAAUGCUGAGGAGAGCUACAUAGUGUUCACGCACAGGCCAUGUGGGUGCUGCUCCUACGUGGGCCACAGAGGAGGGGGACCCCAGGCCAUCUCCAUUGGCAAAAACUGUGACAAGUUCGGUAUCGUGGUUCAUGAGCUGGGUCACGUCAUCGGCUUCUGGCACGAGCACACGCGCCCAGACCGGGAUGACCACGUGUCCAUCGUCCGGGAGAACAUCCAACCAGGGCAGGAGUAUAACUUCUUGAAGAUGGAGCCCGAAGAGGUGGAGUCCCUGGGCGAGACGUAUGAUUUCGACAGCAUCAUGCACUAUGCCAGGAACACCUUCUCCAGGGGGGUUUUCCUUGACACCAUCAAGCCCAAAUACAAUGUGAACGGGGUGGUACCCCACAUCGGCCAGCGGACUCGGCUGAGCAAAGGGGACAUAGAUCAGGCACGCAAGCUUUAUAGAUGUCCAGCCUGUGGAGAGACCCUCCAGGACAGUCAGGGGAAUUUCUCCUCCCCAGAGUUCCCCAAUGGAUACCCUGCACAUGUGCACUGCGUCUGGAGGAUAUCGGUCACGCCGGGGGAAAAGAUCAUCCUGAAUUUCACGUCCCUGGAUCUGUACCGAAGCCGGCUGUGCUGGUAUGAUUACGUGGAGGUGAGAGACGGGUUCUGGAGAAAGGCCACACAGCGAGGUAGGUUCUGCGGGAAUAAGCUCCCCGAGCCCAUCAUCUCCACUGACAGCCGCCUCUGGAUUGAGUUCCGCAGCAGCAGCAACUGGGUCGGCAAAGGGUUCUUCGCCGUCUACGAAGCCAUCUGCGGGGGAGAAAUGAAGAAGGAUAACGGCCACAUCCAGUCUCCGAACUACCCGGAUGAAUACCGGCCCAACAAAGUGUGCACCUGGAAGAUCACGAUCUCUGAGGGCUUCCAUGUGGGGCUCACCUUCCAGUCGUUCGAGAUCGAGCGGCACGACAGCUGUGCCUACGAUUACCUGGAGAUCCGGGACGGCAGCACCGAGUCGAGCAGCCUGAUCGGCCGGUACUGUGGCUACGACAAGCCCGACGACAUCAAGAGCACUUCCAACAAGCUGUGGAUGAAGUUUGUCUCGGACGGCUCCAUCAACAAGGCUGGCUUCGCCGUCAACUUCUUCAAAGAGGUAGACGAGUGCUCGCAGCCCAACAAUGGCGGGUGUGAGCAGCGCUGCGUGAACACCCUGGGCAGCUACCGGUGUGCCUGUGACCCUGGCUACGAGCUAGCUUUGGACAAGCGCCGGUGUGAGGCCGCCUGCGGAGGCCUCCUCACCAGACUCAACGGCUCCAUCACCAGCCCUGGCUGGCCCAAGGAAUAUCCGCCCAACAAGGACUGCGUCUGGCAUCUGGUGGCGCCUUCCCAGUACCGCAUCUCGCUGCAAUUCGAAUUCUUUGAGACCGAGGGGAAUGACCAGGUGUGCAAAUACGACUUUGUGGAGGUGCGCAGCGGGCUGUCGGCCGACUCCAAGCUGCACGGCAAGUUCUGCGGUGCCGAGAAGCCCGACGUCAUCACUUCCCAGUACAACAACAUGAGGAUCGAGUUCAAAUCCGACAACACCGUCUCCAAGAAGGGCUUCAAAGCCCAUUUCUUCUCAGACAAAGAUGAAUGUUCGAAGGAUAAUGGAGGGUGCCAGCACGACUGCCUAAAUACCUUCGGCAGCUACCAGUGCCAGUGCCGCAGCGGCUUUGUGCUGCACGACAACAACCACGAUUGCAAAGAAGCCGGCUGUGAUCACAAGGUGACGUCCAUCACUGGUACCAUCACCAGCCCUAACUGGCCCGAUAAGUACCCGAGCAAGAAAGAGUGCACCUGGGCAGUAACUACCACACCUGGGCACCGCGUCAAACUGACCUUCACAGAGCUGGAUAUUGAGGGUCAUCAGGAAUGCACUUAUGACCACCUGGAGGUUUACAAUGGGAAAGAUGCCAAGGCUCCAGUCCUGGGCAGGUUCUGUGGGGCUAAGGAACCGGACCCCGUCAUCUCCACCAGCAACAAGAUGUUCCUCAAGUUCUUCUCUGAUAACUCCGUCCAGAAGAAGGGCUUCCAGGCCACCUAUUCAACAGUCUGCGGGGGCCAGAUGCGAGCUGAAGUGAAAACUAAGGACCUGUACUCACACGCUCAGUUCGGAGAUAACAACUACCCUGGGGGCUCGGACUGCGAGUGGGUGAUUGUAGCGGAGGAGGGCUACGGGGUGGAGCUCAUCUUCCAGACCUUCGAGAUCGAGGAGGAGGCCGACUGCGGGUACGACUACAUGGAGCUCUUUGACGGCUAUGACGGGACAGCGCCACGCCUGGGGCGCUACUGCGGAUCCGGGCCCCCGGAAGAGGUCUCCUCCGCCGGCGAUUCGGUGAUGAUCAAGUUCCACUCGGAUGACACCAUCAACAAGAAGGGCUUCCACCUGCGGUACACCAGCACCAAAUUCCAGGACACUCUGCACACAAGGAAAUGAGGCCCCACGGCCACCAGGGCCCUCGCCACCCCACGCUGGAGGGACAGUUCUUUUCUGUAUAGAACAAAUACAUGCGCGGGGAGGUGGGGGGGAACCAGACAGACUGGAUGGAGAAACACACAGUGAACCUCAGCACUAAGACACACUCACACAGAGGCUAAGGCACAGUCAGCUGCUGGCACCGACCAGAUUGGGGGAGGGGGGUGUCUUAUCUCUUUAAAUAUCCAUUCCUGGGCCUCUUUUUGUUCUUUGAAGCAGGGGACCGCCCAAGCCAGCAGCAAAUGUUCUUCUUAACCACUUUGCAACUACCGUUGAUGAAUCGAUUGUAUCCCCCAACUCCCCUAACCCCCCCCCCCCGGGACGGUAUCGCUUAAUGCAGGAAAGUCCAACUGUAUGGCAGAUGUUUUCCUUUAUAAACUUGACAAAGCAGGUAUCAGCUCAGCUCUCUGAAUGUACAAAUCCCACAGGAGUGAAGAGCCCAGCAAACACACAGAAGCUGCUGGCUAUCUGUCGUAACGAUGUAAUAAAAACUCUAUCUUGUAAGGAGAUGGCCAUCGGCCUCUUUAACUCUCGUCUGUUUGGGGUUUUGUUUUAGUGAUGCUCUUCUGAGAGACACCUAAUGUAUCGGAGUCCUUUCCCCCAAAUGUACGUUCGUUCUUUUUAAAAGUCUGAUCUCCAGUUGGAGUGUUGUCUUCUUUCAUGACACAUCAGUUGAUCUAGAGACCGCCUCGAAAGCAAUUGCGGGAAGGAGCCAGGCGCUACCUCCGGUCCCACUUGGAAAGUCUGCAUCUAAUAAAUGGAAAGUGUUGCAAACAAAA